UGGAUUUUGCGACUCUUAAUCAAUCAGAUCUUGAUUUUUUUUUAAAAGAUUUUGAUUACUUUCUCAAAUCAGAUCUGUUAGCGACAUUAUUAUUUCUCAGAUAAGAUCUGAAUAUUUCUAAAUCUGAACAGAUCUCCGGUAUGGAUGUUGGGCGUAUGAAUAAGUUGCGGGCUCUACUGGGCAACGAGGUAUUUAACUGGUAUGAAAAGAAUGCGGAACUGCUUUGUGCCAUCAGAGAUCAAGGCUUUUAUGGCCUCAUUUGCUGGGCCAAAUGACUGCUAGACUAAGGCAGCUGGGCCGUUUAAAGGCUAAUCAAGAACUAUCGAUUCAAGACUUUGUGGAUCACACGCCAAAAGUGUGCUCUAGGAGAUGGUGAUUCCUUGAGUCUUGAAGAUUUGUCUGGUGUUGAAUAUGCAUGCCUGAAGAGAGGGAUUGUGCUUGAGACAGUUGCUCCAUCAAAUUUUCCGAUCAAACAAAGUCGUUCCCGCUAUCAUUAUGAGAAAGGUGUUGAAAUCGUGAAAAUGAAAAUGGAUAGUAUGAGACUUUACGAUAGAGAUCAAGUAGAAAAGGACGGCCGAAUCGAUUUCGAUGCUACCCUAAUCAAAACUGCUGUACGGAUCCUUCUAACCCCAGAUUACUACAUCUCUGGAGGCAAAACCAUUUACAAUCCAUCUAGAGAAGAAAUCAUGCUUGCUAAACGGGGGCGGAAGGAGUAUGGUCAUGUGAUUUUGGUCAAGAAACGAAUUUGCCAGUUCUAGAGGCACAAGACUGUUACGGAACGGAAUUUGGUAGGGGUGGUCUCAUACGUGUAGCGAUAACAGACGUCGUUCAGCAGUUUUAUGUCUUUAAUGAAGAAGAGGACGAGGAGGAGGAAGAAGAGGAGGAGCAGGAAAAAGAAGAGGAGGACGAAAAAGAAGACGAGGAAAAAGAAAACGAGGAGCAGGAAAAAGAACAGGAGGAGGAAAAAGAAGAGCGACAGGAAGGACGAGGAAGAGGAAGGGCCCCUUCCGAAGGGGAGAUAUUGGCAGCAACCCAUGGUUCCACAUUGCAGUGGUUAUGUGUUGAAACUGGAAAUGUCUUGGACACAGCUGAGAAAGCACACGAAGGGGAUAUCACAUGCAUAUCUUGGGCACCCAAGGCUAUCACAGUUGGAGAGAAAGGCCAUGGUAUUAGCGACAUCAGGCGAUGACAAAAAAGUGAAGCUGUGGGAAGCACCAAAGUCGCAAUCUUUGUAAAGUUGCAUACACAUAGUCCCUUAAUCACAUGAGGAAUAGUUAAACGGCGUAUAAAACUUGCGAGAAAACUCUUAAAAAGGUUUUUGUCUGGAGUCCUCAAGUGUCUUUCAACUUUUGAAUUUUGUUAUAUUUCCAAUCAUCUAUUCAAAAGAAGAAAAAAACGAGUAGGAGUGGCUUUGUAAUUUGAGAACAGAGUUUUCAUCUU